GAGUCAAAGUAAAUGGGGGAAAAAUGGAAUUUAGCCUUUUUCUUAAAUAUUUAAUCUUCAGUCAAACAGUCGUUUAGUUACUACAAACACCGCAAAAUUAGAAAACUGUAGAAAAAUAAUUUUUUAUUUUUUUUUACUUCCUAAAACCCUAACUGAAUGUCAGUUGGUUGGAUGAUUUCGAUCGAGCAAAAUCAACAGAGCUACAAAAUUCGUUGAAAUUGUUGAUUCUGCUUUAGCAGAGAUGAAUCUGUAGAAGAUGAAGAUCCAUCACCGCAUGAAGAUGGCGCCCUCCUCUUCGAAGAAGCUUCUGAUACCCGACCCGAAGCCCAAAUCCGGGCCGGCCAUCGCGCCGCCGAACUCCGCCUCCUCUUCCUCCACCAACAACGCGCCGCCGCCUGAGAAGAGGACGCGCGACCAGCCCAAUUUGUCCGAUUGCCAUUGCUGCGGCCGCCGAAUUAACCACACCAACCCUAACGAUCGCCUCCAACCAAUGAACAGCUUUUGGCGCAUCGUGCUCCUCUGUAGAAAAUGCCGGAAGAAGGUUCAUAACGGGAAAACCUGUCCUUACUGCUUUCGCGAAACCGGAAAUCCAGGUGAUCUUUUUAAAUGCACUGUGUGUGGGGGCAAAAUUCAUAAGGAUUGCGUUAGGGAUUAUGAGAAUUGCAGGCCGUGGUGUUAUUUGGGUGCUGGGUUGGAUGGGUUUAGGGUUUGCGUGGAUUGUUGGGUUCCUGAUUUGUUGAAGAAUUCGACUACAGUUUCUGGGAGGAGUGAGAAUAAGGGUGGGUUGAAAGGUAAGUGUGGGGGUAAAGAUUUGUUGGGGAAUCCGGAGAAGAAGGUGAAGAUGGUGACCGAUGCGAUCGGUUCUGAAAUUGAAAAAGAUUGCCCGAAGGCUGAUGAUGCCGAAUUGGCUAUACGAUUGCAUAGAGCUAUGAAUAGUUCGCCGAGAAUUUUGAGGGGUAAGGGUUUGGUGAGUUCGAAUGCUUUAGAUGUUUCGAAUAUUAGGAAUUGGAAUGGUUUGUUUUAUAAGAGAUCUGCGUUAAAAAAUCAGGUUGAAGUGCACAAGCUUGGAGCAUGUGUUGCGGGCAAAGAUUCUUGUAGUGAUUUUAGUGGAUUAAAUCGAGGACUGAUACCUUACAAACGGGAUAAGAAGAGGAAGAUAUGGUGUUCUAUGGAGAGUGUUGAUGCUGGUCGAAGUAAUACUUUUAACUGCGUUGAUAGAUUCGGGAAAGAGCUUGUAUAUUACAAGCGCACUCGCUGUAAGUCGAAGCAGAAGGUAUGCCGAGUAGAUGGCCUGCUUGGUGUUUCUGGAGAAUGCAUCUCUUGCGAUAACCAUAGCAUAGCCUUCGAAUCUGAGUACUGUCAAUCCGACGAUGCAAAGCUUAGAAUAAGCGGUGUAGUCAAUAGUGAUGCGGAGGUGAUUUUGCCAAACGGGAGUUGUGGUGCAGCGCUUGACCGAUAUCAUUGGAAGUAUGUGAAGAGAGUUAAAGGUGCCAAAUCAGGCUCGAACAUCCUGCACAGUGGCACUUUAAGUGAAAGCCAGGCUCCUCCGUCUGGUUUAAGCAACUUUGAAUUUUGUCAAUCAGACGAUGCAAAGCUUAAGACAGGUUGUCCAGUCAAUAGUAAUGCUGAGGUGAUUUUGCUAAAUGGGAGUUGUUAUGCAGAGCAGGAUCGCUAUCAUUGGAAAUAUAGUAAGAGAGUUACAGGGACCAAAUCACACUCGAGUUUCAUGCACUUUGGUACUUUUCGAAAUGAAAAUGAGGCCGCUGCACCUGAUUUAAGUGACUCUGAAUGUUGUCAACUAGUUGGUGAUAAAGCUGAGGUGAUUUUGCCAAAUGGGAGUUGUGGCGCAGAGAAGGACCGCUAUCAUUGGAAGUAUGUUAAGAGAGCCGCAGGUGCCAAACCAGACUCAAGUUUCCAGCAUUAUGGUACUUUCCGAACUGAAAAUCAGGACUCUGCACGUGGUUUAAGUGACUCGGAAUAUUGUCGAUCAGAUGAUGCAAAUCCGAGGACAACUUGUUCGGUCAGUUGUGAUGCUGAGGUGAUUUUGCUAAAUGGGAGUUGUAAUGCAGAGAAGGACCCCUACCAUUGGAAGUAUGUUAAGAGAAUUACAGGUACCAAAUCAGUCUCGAGUUUUCUGCAUCAUGAGACGUCUCGAAGUGAAAAUCAGGCAUCUGCACCUUGUUUAAGUGACCCUGAGCACUGUCAACCAGACGAUGCAAAUCUCAGGACAAGUUGUCCAGUCGAUAGUAACACUGAGGUGAUUUUGCCAAAUGGGAAUUGUGAUUCGGAGCAGGACCGGUAUCAUUGGAAGUAUGUUAAGAGAGUUACAGGCAAGAAAUCAAACUCAUUUUUCAUGCAAUGUGGUACCUUUUUAAGUGUAAAGCAGGCCUCUGCGCAACCUGGUUUAAGUGACUCUCAAUCAGAUGAUGCGAAGAAUCUUAGGACAAGUUGUCCAGUCGGUAGUGAUUCUGAGGUGAUUUUGCCAAAUGGGAGUUGUGAUGCAAAGCAGGACCCUUAUCAUUGGAAGUAUUUUAAGAGAGUUACGGGUACAAAAUCAGACCCAAGAUUUUUGCAUUAUAGCACUUCUCUAAGUGAAAAUCAGCCCUUUGGACUUGCAUUAAGUGGCUGCGAGGCUCGUUGUUCUGCCAAAUGUGAUGGCCAGUUGAUUUUGCCGAAUGGGUCUGGUAACCAAGACCAUGAUCGCUAUCAUCUCAAGUAUUCUAAGAGGGUGAAGAGAUUCAAAUCCGGCUCCUCUUACUAAUGAUCUACCUAAGUGAACAGAUGAUGUAAAUAAAGAUCCCACGAGGUCGGUUGCUGCAAAACACUAUCUACACCUUCAGCAAAUUGAGCAUGUGCGGAAACUGUAAAAAUACGACAAAGAGUAAGAAUAUUGUGCAUUUUUCUUUUAUUGUAUUUGUAUGACAUCCAUUCAAAUUUGUGGUUUGUGAAAAUCUCAUCAUGUUGUAUUUUAGACUAUAAAAAGCGCUUUUACUCGGUCUUAUGUGGUGCAAACA